AUGUCUAAGAAUCAGGCUAAAACUGGAAAAGGGGCUGCUGUAGAGGCUAAAGCAGAGAGGAAAGCUACACUCAUAGCCAGCCGUAAAGUCAAGACCCAGGCCGAGGCAGGGUUUGAGAUGGAUGCUGUAACACAGGUGAAAGGUGUGUCUAAGAAUAAGGUUGCUGCUGAGAUGAAGGAAAGAGGCCUGUCAGAGCCCAAGGCUCUGGGCAAAACCAUGGCCACUAUGAUGUCUUGUUUUUCUUCUGUGGCUGAGGCCAGUGCUACCUCCACGACCGCACAUGAGGAUGAGACUGCUGUAGAUGCCUGGUUCUGGGCUGGGGAAGAGGCCAGUAUUGGUUCCUGGUUCUGGAAUGGGGACGAGGCUAGUGAUGGGUCCGAUGCUCAGUAUAAAGAUGAAGGUGAUGUUGGUGCCUGGUCCUGUGUUGAGGAGGUGGGUGUAGAGCCUGUGACUGGGGCCAGCUGCCGGCCUCGGGCAGGGGCAGAGGAAGGGGAAGAGGAGGAGGAGGAGGAGGAUGGAGAAGACGUUAUUGGGAAGUGGUUUUGGGAUGGAGAUGAUACUAGUUUUGACCCUGACCCUAAACCCGUGUACAGGAUACCUAAGCCCCGAGUUGGGUGUCAAAUUGAUGUAAACAACCUGUCCAACGACCCUGCUCUAAUCCCAGCAUUAUUAGCAUUUGCAACCCAGAUCCCAAUUAGGACAAGGCCUCUUUCUUACAUUGCCCUGUCCUCAGACAGGAAAAGCAGCCCCUCUGUGCCAGUAACAGACAUCGGUCUUUGCGAGGGCACUACCAUAAGCCUGGAGUCUGUGCAGGAGCACCCAUUUAAUUCUGAGAUCUGCACUCAGACCAUCGAGGCGAUCAGACGCCAGAUCAAGAUCAGGAAGAUGCAUGGCAUCAAGCCAUUUUCUUGCCCUUGCAAAAUGGAAUCCUGCCUGGAUUCUGAGGACUUUGAAAAACUGGUUAGCUUGCUUGAGUCGAAUACCGAUCCUAUCAUUCAUAAAAUAGCUCAGAUUGCAAUGGGCAUCAUUAAAGUUCAUCCAUUUGCCCAGCAGUUCAUUAAUGAUCUGGGUGUGCUGACAGUUAUUGACAGCUUGCUCGGUUUUGAAUCCCCUGACGUGACCAAAAAGGCUGAGAUUACUCUGAAUCCCAUUUCUGAGUAUGAAAGACAGUGUAUGGUUGAACUACAUGUUGUGCAUAUGUGUAAGGACACGGUGUCUUUUCCCUUGAACUCACCUGGACAGCGAAGUGCAUUAAAGGAGUUAGGGAAACUGUCUGUUGAUUCUGACUACCACUACAUUGUUGCCAGUUACCUGACAGAGCUUUUCCAUAUCCUAGCCACGGGAAAUCGUAAAACCCGAAACCUUCUUUUGAAAGUACUUUUGAAUAUGUCUGAAAAUCCAAUUGCAGCAAGAGACAUGAUUGAUAUUGAGUCGUUAUCAGUAUUAAAACUCAUCUUCAACCAGAAGGAGGCCAAAGCCAAUCUUGUGAGUGCUGUGGCCAUCUUUAUUAACAUAAAGGAGCAUAUCAGAAAGGGAUCGAUUAUAGUCAUUAACCCCUUGAGUUAUAAUGAGCUCAAGGCCAUGUUCCGUGAAGUGAAGAUGAUCAUUGAAAAAUUAUAA